UUGGCUUUCUCUUUCAUGUCCCUUCAUGUCGCUGUGAUCCGUACCUUUGUCCCAGUGACCUCUGCGACUGCCCAUGUGAGGUAGAAUCACUUUAUCCUCGUCCUGGAUGGGUUGAAUUAGAUCCUGAAGUGCUAUGGAGUCAAUUUACUGGUGUAAUAAAAGAGGCUGUACAAGCUGCAGGACUUCACAUGAGGCAAAUUGCUGGGCUUGGCAUCUCCACCCAGAGAGGAACUUUCAUUACAUGGCACAAGAGGACAGGGAAACCCUUUCAUAAUUUCAUAAGUUGGCAAGAUUUAAGAAGUGCUGAACUUGUGAAUUCCUGGAAUAAUUCCCUUCUGCUGAAGGUAAUCCAUGUUAUUUUUACUGUGCUUCAUUUCUUCACUGGGAAUGAUCGAUACUUGGCACCCAGUUUUCUUACUUUUUCAACACAUCAAACUUCUAUGAAGUUGUCAUGGGUUUUUAAAAAUAUACAUGAGGCUGAAGAAGCUGCCAAAAAAAACAGCUGCUGUUUCGGAACGGUUGACACGUGGUUACUGUAUAGAUUGACUAAAGGUUCUGUGUAUGCUACAGAUUACUCAAAUGCCAGUUCUACAGGCAUAUUUGAACCCUUUACGAAAUGUUGGAAUCCCACUUUGUCUAAUCUACUUUCUAUUCCAAUGUCUGUUUAUCCACCAGUGAAAGACACAAGCUUCAACUUUGGAUCAACUGACUCUGAAAUAUUUGGGAUACCUAUUCCAAUAAUGGCAGUGGUAGCUGAUCAGCAGUCAGCUACAUUUGGAGAAUGCUGCUUUCACCCAGGAGAUGUUAAACUGACAAUGGGAACAGGUGGUUUCUGGAAUGUGAAUACUGGAGAGCAGCUCUUUGCAUCACAGGGAAGUCUUUAUCCACUGAUCGGUUGGAAGAUUGGGGAAGAAGUUGUUUACUUAACUGAAGGCUCUAUAUCGGACAUUGGCACUGCCAUAAAAUGGGCUCAGGAUAUAGAACUUUUCACCAAUGUAGAUGAAACGGCAGAAAUGGCGCAGAGUACUGCUGAUUCUCAAGGUGUUUGUUUCAUUCCAGGUUUUCAGGUUUCUGGGGAUGACCCAUAUUUAUGUGCCUCUUUCAUGGGCCUGAAACCUUCCACUAACAGAAACCAUCUUGUUCGGGCUAUAUUGGAAUCUCUAGCUUUCAGAAACAAACUGCUUUACGAUAUUAUUGAGAAGAAGGUGCACAUUCCUCUUCGAACUAUUCGAGCUGAUGGAGGUGUCAGUAAUAAUAGUUUUGUCAUGCAGAUGACAUCAGAUUUAAUUAAUAAGAAAAUAGAAAAACCUGCAAACGUGGACAUGUCUAGUCUUGGUGCAGCUUUUCUAGCAGGCCUUGCUUCAGGAUUUUGGACUGACAAAGAACAACUAAAGAAGCUAAGGCGAGUAGAAGCAGUGUUUGAGCCCCAAAAGGAUUCAGAGGAAUACAAACCUGCUAUGGAUGCAUGGCUGCAAGCAAUGAAACACUCGCCACACUGGUAGAAAUUGGAAUUUUAAUUUUUAGAAGAAUUAAAAUGGUUUAAUUCAUAUUUUAUUAAAUCUUGACAUUAACAGGACAGUUAAAAACCAUAACUGGAAUUUGUGAUGGUGUAUUUUAAGUUGUGUGAUAUUUCAGUUACCCCCCUGCUGCUGGAUUACUUACCAUACUGUAAUGAACCUUCCCAUCAUCCCUGUGGCAGCUGUGAUCCAGCUGCAGCAUUUGUGUCCCUUCAGUGACCUCCUUUGGGUGGCCCAGCUGCUCAAAUCCUGCCAUGUACUGCACAUGGGCUGUUUUAACUGUGAUGGGAUUUCUACUGAGCAACUAGCCUCCCUUUAGAUCUUUAAAAUCUUGGGUAUGUUAAUCAUCAAGGAAGGGUAAAAGGCACAUUUAUUCCCCUAGGCAUUGCUAAGAAACAAAAUGAUUGUUGGGGCUGGGUUGUGAGGAAUUCAGUUGUGUACAAAGAUGUUGUUUUGGUAGUAGCCUGUUACCACCUUUUGGUUGACGCUAGGCGCUGUGAUCACAUUAUUUGUGCACUAGAGCAAAAUGAAAUACAAAAGCAAAUAUGCUUUCAACACUCCAUUUAAAAAAUUCAGGAUUUUUGUAGCUGAUACUUUGUAGCUAGCUUGUAACUCCAUUUUUAAAAAUUUUAUAGACCAAAAGCAAUCUUAUCUGGUGUGGCCAGCACAGAUACGUUAAAACUAGUUCCAGGUAUGCUAUCUAACUUGUAAAAAUCUGUACUGUUAGUAUCUUCAAGGCCAUUUUUAAAUAUCAUUAUUAUUAGCUAAAAGGGAGUAAAAAAUCUAUUUUUGAAGCUAUAAAUUAGUUUUGUAUUUUUGAAACAAAUAAAUUAAUUAAAGAAAUGUGUAGUUAAUUAUUCUUAUA